AUGCGUUUUUCCGCCGUCCGCCAUCUACGCCCGAAAAACACCAAAUACAGAGAACGAACCUGGCUCAAAGAUUAUCGAGAAAAUACUCUCAUCAGUCAUCACAGCGAGACCCAUUCCGGAGCUGUUGGAUGGGAUCCCGGUGCUCGGCCUCAACGGCCCGUGGAAACGCCGAAUUUCAACGGAGUCAGAUCAUUCAUCCCUCAACUCGCCAGACUUGUCUUUAGGCUUUCUCCCUCUGCUGGCCAAUCAGCAGCGUUGCGAAGAUACAUCGAUCUAGAAUUGUCGACUUUCGCUGAUCAGAAUCCCUGCACAGUCUGUUAUGUACGACCCGACGAAGAGUUUUCUCAAGGGUUUACGGCUCCUACAGUUUCUGCCGAAUAUUUGGACGAAACGCGCCAAGUGGUGGACCUUUUGGACUUCAACGAGCAAGAAAUUUCCCGCGUGAUUGAAUUGCUGAGUCAACAGUCGACGGCGGAAAUUAACUGCUAUCGAAAGAAGCUAACGUCUACUCAGAAACCCUCAAUCCAAGGCUAUUCGUUUUCAUUUAUGAAAGAAUCGAAGCCGCUUAACUUGAAAGAACUUCCCGAAACGAAGCUAGCUGAUUCGUGGGCUGUCGAAAUUGAUGAAAAAUACUAUCGCGACGAUGAAUUAGAAAAGGUCAAAUUCCGCCAAUUUCCAGAAGAAAGAUCGCGCAAGGAAGAUCCAUUUGGCCCCUUCGCCAGUGUCGAAGAAAAGACUGACUUCAAAUACUGA